UAUAUAUACUCUUGUGAUCACCAUCCAGAUAAAGAUCUAAAACAUUUUUAUCCCUGCAAAAGUUCCCUCCUCUCUGUUCUUAUCAAUAGAGCCAUUCCUGUCCCCAGUUAACUAGUCUCCUGACUUCUGUCACCAGGGAUUAUUUUCAAGUGUUCUUGAACUUUUUAGAAAUGGAAUCAUAUAGUUUAUUCUUUUUGCAUUGGUUUUCUUUUGUUUACAGGAUAUUUUUGAGAUUCAUCCAUAUUGUAUGUAUAAGUAGUAUACUUUUUUUUUUGCUUUAUAGCAACAAGUGGCAAACUAUGACCUGCUGGCCAAUUCCAGCCCACAACCUAUUUUUGUAUAUAAAAUUUUAUUGGAUAUAGCCAUGUCCGUUCAGCACAGUUGAGCAGUUGUCACAGAGACCCACAGCACCUAAACUAUUUACUAUUUGACCCUUUACAGAAAAAGUUUGGUGACACCUCUUCUAAAGUAUUGCAUUAUAUGGAUAUACCACAGUUUAUUUAUUCUUUCUCAUGUUGAUGAAAAUAUGAAUUGUUUUCAGUUUUUGGCCUUUAUAAAUAAAAUUGCUACAGAUGUUCUUGAAACUGCCAUUGGUGGACAUAUUGACUCAUAUCUCUUGGAUAUAUACCAAGGAGCUGAACUGAUGAUCUUUGGGUUGUUCCCACCUGAUUGACAACUAUCCUUGGCCUUUGAUUGCUCUCGUGUCUGAUGUGGCCUCUGUUUUAUGUCACAUCUAAAACUCCUCUGUACUUCACACGUAGAAAGGUAUUUGCGUAGGAAUCAGAGGAGUUAAUCUUAUUUACCUUUGUGCUGGUUAAGAAAAUCCUGAGAGGCUUUCCCCCUAAGAGGAUCGACUGGUUGGGAUAGUCUUAGUUGAAAGAAGCCAAGUUUUAUAAUUAACUGGUGAACAGAGAUACUGGUUUCGGAAUGCUCCCCAGGGCUCAGUCAGACUCGGCUCCUGGAGACCUGGUGAAAACAGAUUCCCAGGACCCCAGGGAUGCUGCUUCAGUCACACUAGUUUGUGCCACGGCCUGGGACUCUGUAUUGUUAAAAGAUUUCCCUGGUAAUUCUAAUGCAUAGCCAGGCUUGGUGACCACCGAAUGCCUAUUCAGUUUGGAGACUUCAGCCUUGUCACCCUGCAAAUUUGAUAAAUCUCUACGUUUAUAUGAAGCUUUUGUUGAAAAUUAAUGUCCACUGGCUACUGCUGACUUUUUUCCAUUCAUAAUUUGUUUCAGGUUCUGUUAUGGCAUAGAUUUGCAUACCUGUUGUAUGGUAUUCUGAUAUUGUUGCUUUAAAAAAAGUACCAUUUCCUCUGAGUGCUAUUUUGAAUAUUUUAUGUAAGCAAUUUCAUGUGUUUUUUUUCUACUUGCAGAAAGCAGGGGAAAACGUCAGGGUUUUCUAAUCCAGUUGCAAGUAGGAGAAAGGAUAGAGUAUAAUUACUUAAAGAUCUUCUUGGAGAUACUGAAAAUCUUUUAAGUUGCAACAUUAUGAAUUUUAUCACACCUUUUAAAUACAUCAGAUGAUCUAAAUGGUUGACUUUCCUCAUGUGGUAUAUCUGAGACAUUUUUAAUUAAGGGUGGUGGGUCUAUUGAGGUAUUAUACUACCGGAUUUUAAAGUUUAAUAUUAUCUGUAAAAUCAUCUAUUAAAAUGCAUGAAAAAGCAGUGGAAAAUCUCAACACAUUGUUGAUUGUGUGUGUGUGGUCUUGAAGUAAAGCUCACGUUGACACAUAACAGGGGGAAUGUUUUUCUAGCUUCAUUCACUGAAGAUGUGCAAGAUCUCUUCUUACAGGUUUGAAUCCUCAGACCAACUUCGGACAGGACUCCAUGACCACCUCAAAGCCGAUGUUUCCUGUCACCGAGUAGACAGUCUGGUGGUCCAGGACAUGCCCCGGCUCUAGUGAUGCAGAUUUCCUUUCUGCUCCUGGCAUCUCAUCUGUGCCUCAGCCUUUCUCCUCCCUGCCUGAGACUGCAGAUAAAUGGGAAUGUGGGAAAGCGGGAAGCAAAGCUAGGGGGAACUGAGAGGCCCGUGUCUGGGUAGAAGCAAGCCCAGGACCACAACGCUGCCUCUCCCCUGGUCUGGAGUUCAGUUGCCGUGGCUCUGCUGAUGUGCUCAGGACCAGCCUUACAUCUGUGCUUAAAUGGCACAGCAUUUGGUCAGCGCAUCUGAAAAGGAAGGUGUGAGAAGCAAAGCCCAUGGCCACCUACCCCUGCCAAUUAUGUGGCAAGACGUUUCUCACCCUGGAGAAGUUCACUAUCCACACUUAUUCUCACUCCAGGGAGCGACCGUACAAGUGCUUGCAGCCAGACUGUGGCAAAGCUUUCAUUUCCAGAUAUAAAUUAAUGAGGCACAUGGCUACCCAUUCACCCCAGAAAUCUCACCAGUGUGCUCACUGUGAGAAGACGUUCAACCGGAAAGACCACCUGAAGAACCACCUCCAAACUCAUGACCCCAACAAGAUGGCCUUUGGGUGUGAGGAGUGUGGCAAGAAGUACAACACCAUGCUGGGCUACAAGAGGCACCUGGCCCUCCACGCGGCCAGCAGCGGCGACCUCACCUGUGGGGUCUGUGCCCUGGAGCUAGGGAGCACAGAGGUGCUGCUCGACCACCUCAAAGCCCACGCCGAAGAGAAGCCCCCUGCUGGAACCAAGGAGAAGAAGCACCAGUGUGACCACUGCGAAAGAUGCUUCUACACGCGGAAGGACGUGCGGCGCCAUCUGGUGGUCCACACAGGCUGCAAGGACUUCCUGUGCCAGUUUUGUGCCCAGAGGUUUGGGCGCAAAGACCACCUCACACGACAUACCAAGAAGACACACUCACAGGAGCUGAUGAAAGAGAGUUUGCAGGCUGGAGACCUUCUGAGCACCUUCCACUCCAUCUCGCCCCAGUUUCAACUGAAGGCUGCCCCGUUGUCUCCUUUCCCUUUAGGAGCUCCUGCACAGAACGGGCUUGCAGGUAGCUUGCCAGCUGAGGUACACAGCCACACCCACCACCCCUCGGAGCAAACCUCCCAGCCUGUACCACCGCUGCCAGAGCCCCUUGCCUCCCUCCACCCCGUAGCAUCUCCUAGCUCUCCUCCUCCACCCCUCCAGAAUCACAAGUACAACACCAGUUCUACCUCAUACUCCCCACUUGCAAGCCUGUCCCUCAAAGCAGAUACUAAAGGAUUUUGCAAUAUCAAUUUGCUCGAGGACUUGCCUCUGCAAGAGCCUCAGUCACCUCACAAGCUCAGCCCAGGUUUUGAUCUGGCGAAGGGAAGUGCUGGUAAAGUGAACCUACCCAAGGAGCUCCCUGCAGAUGCUGUGAACCUAACCAUACCUGCCUCUUUGGACCUUUCCCCCCUGUUGGGCUUUUGGCAGCUGCCCCCUCCUGCUACCCAGAAUGCCUUUGGGAAUAGCACUCUCACCCUGGGGCCCGGGGAGUCUCUGCCCCAUAGGUUAAGCUGUCUGGGGCAGCAGCAACAAGAUCCCUCACUAGCCAUGAGCACUAUGACCCUGGGCCAGCUCCCCCUCCCGCCCAUCCCCCAUGUGUUCCCAGCUGGCACCGGUUCAGCUAUCCUGCCUCAUUUCCAUCAUGCGUUCAGAUGACUGGUUUUGAAAGCAUACUCUUCUCAUCCUGAAAGAUGUUUUAAGGAGCAUUUUAAACAUCAGUUACAAUACAAGGAAAGCUUUGGAAAGCAGGACUGGGAAUAUGGCUUCUUCAGUGAUGACUGGCUUUAGACAAGAGAGUUCUCGAACUGCGUGUAUUGUGCCAAUCUGUCCUGAGUGUUCAAGCUUUGUACCAAAUUUAAGAAGCAAGUAUUCUUUAAUGGAACUGCGACUGUUGUCAUAACCGACAUCCAGAGGGCUGCUAUAUCUAGGUGUUCGUCAACGUGAAUUUUAAUCGUAAGCCAUGAUCAUAAUAAUGUUAACUAAGUAACUUUAUGUGGCACUGCCUAGUAAGGGAACUAUGGGAAGGUUUGGAUUCCUCCACAAUGGGAGAAUUUUUCAAAUAAGAGAAUAACCUUUAUAUCGCAUAUUAUAACUAGGCUGUGUAUUUCUUUUCAGGGAUUUUUCUACCUUCAGGGUUGGAUGUAGUUUAGUUUCUAUUGCCAUAGCCAACCUGUAGUUUUACAGAAACAAUGUCUUGUGGAAUAAUAGACGUCUCCAUUUUAAAAAAGCAUUUUAAAUGUAGUUUGAAUAUUUUCCACAAGAUGCUACAAUGUGAGUUAUCACUUCAUUUAUCUUAAAGACUAAACUGGUUGUCAGUUACAUCUGACAGAAAAAAAAAAAAAUCACUGUGUAACCAGGUUAAGUGGUAAAAUAAUCCAGGCGUCAGUCAAAAAAGCAUUUUGCUGACUUUAAUACUGAUUAUAUUUUUAACAGGAA